AUGCAAAAGGACAUGGGAAUAGCAGAAGAUAAACAUCUUCCACAAGGUUAUCCAACUGCAGAACAAGUCCCUGAACAACCUGGACAAGACAAGAAGAAGAAGAAACCACGGUUUUUCGGGACAAAGCAGAAAGGAGACCGAGGCUGCAUUGAAGGAUGUCUCUUUGCACUAUGCUGCUGCUGGAUUUGUGAAAUGUGUUUCUAA